CGCCGCCCCGGGCCGCGGCCGGCCGGCCCGCCGGUGCCAUGCUGCUGCCGCUCGCCGUGCUGCCCUGCGCCUUCGUCCUGCUGCGAGCCGCAGCCUCUCUCCAGGUGGACAUCGUUCCAAGCCAGGGGGAGAUCAGCGUUGGAGAAUCCAAGUUCUUCUUGUGUCAAGUGGCCGGCGAGGCCAAGUUCAAGGACAUCUCGUGGUUCUCCCCGAACGGGGAGCGGCUGAGCCCCAACCAGCAGCGCAUCUCGGUGGUGCGCAACGAUGACUUCUCCUCCACCCUCACCAUCUACAACGCCAACAUCGACGACGCCGGCAUCUACAAGUGCGUGGUCAGCAGCCCCGAGGAGGGCGACUCCGAGGCCACUGUCAACGUCAAGAUCUUCCAAAAGCUGAUGUUCAAGAACGCUCCCACCCCUCAGGAGUUCAAGGAAGGGGACGAUGCUGUGAUCGUGUGUGACGUGGUCAGCUCACUGCCCCCCACCAUCAUCUGGAAGCACAAAGGCAGGGAUGUCAUCCUAAAAAAGGAUGUGCGGUUCAUCGUCCUGUCCAACAACUACCUGCAGAUCCGCGGCAUCAAGAAGACAGAUGAGGGGACCUACAGGUGUGAGGGGAGGAUCCUGGCCCGUGGGGAGAUCAACUUCAAGGACAUCCAGGUCAUCGUGAACGUGCCUCCCUCGGUGCGUGCCAGGCAGAGCACCAUGAAUGCCACUGCCAACCUCAGCCAGUCUGUCACCCUGGCCUGCGAUGCCGAUGGCUUUCCCGAGCCCACCGUGACCUGGACGAAGGAUGGAGAGCCCGUGGAGGAGGUGGAGGAUGAGGACAAAUACAGCUUCAACUCGGACGGCUCCGAGCUGGUCAUCCACAGGGUGGACAAGAGCGACGAGGCCGAGUACAUCUGCAUCGCUGAGAACAAGGCUGGCGAGGCCGACGCCACCAUCCACCUCAAAGUGUUUGCCAAACCCAAAAUCACCUACGUGGAGAACAAGACAGCCAUGGAGCUGGAGGAUCAGAUCACGCUGACCUGCGAGGCGUCGGGGGACCCCAUCCCCUCCAUCACCUGGAGAACCUCCACGAGGAACAUCAGCAACGAGGAGAAGGCUUCGUGGACCCGGCCCGAGAAACAAGAGACGCUGGACGGGCGGAUCGUGGUGCGCAGCCACGCGCGCGUCUCCUCGCUCACGCUCAAGGACAUCCAGUACACGGACGCGGGCGAGUACGUCUGCACGGCCAGCAACACCAUCGGCCAGGACUCGCAGGCCAUGUACCUGGAGGUGCACUAUGCCCCCAAGCUCCAGGGCCCUGUGGCCGUGUACACCUGGGAAGGAAACCAAGUGAACAUCACGUGUGAGGUGUUUGCCUACCCCAGUGCUGUCAUCUCCUGGUUCAGGGAUGGGCAGCUCCUCCCCAGCUCCAACUACAGCAACAUCAAGAUCUACAACACGCCCUCAGCAAGCUACCUGGAGGUGACCCCGGACUCGGAGAAUGAUUUUGGGAACUACAACUGCACGGCUGUGAACCGCAUCGGGCAGGAGUCCUCCGAGUUCAUCCUGGUGCAGGCAGACACGCCCUCCUCGCCCUCCAUCGGCAGGGUGGAGCCCUAUUCCAGCAGUGCCCAGGUGGAGUUCGACGAGCCCGAGGCCACGGGCGGGGUGCCCAUCCUCAAGUACAAGGCGGAGUGGAGAGCCCUGGGCGAGGGGGACUGGCACUCCAGGCUCUACGAUGCCAAGGAAGCCAACGUGGAGGGGACGGUGACCAUCACGGGGCUGAAGCCUGAGACCACCUAUGCAGUGAGGCUGUCAGCAGUCAAUGGCAAGGGCGUGGGGGAGCUCAGCCUGCCCGCCGAGUUCAAGACGCAGCCAGUCCGCAUCCCUCACCCACAAGGGGAACCCAGCGCCCCCAAGCUGGAAGGUCACAUAGGAGAAGACGGCAACUCCAUCAAAGUGAACGUGAUCAAGCAGGACGACGGCGGCUCCCCGAUCAGGCACUACCUGAUCAAGUACAAAGCUAAGCACUCGCCGGAGUGGAAGCCCGAGAUCCGGCUGCCGUCGGGCAGCGACCACGUCAUGCUGAAGUCUCUGGACUGGAACGCGGACUACGAGGUGUACGUGGUGGCCGAGAACCAGCAGGGCAAGUCCAAGCCCGCGCACUACGCCUUCCGCACCUCGGCGCAGCCCACCGCCAUCCCAGCCAGCACUAGCCCUGCCGCGGGCCUGGGCACUGCUGCCAUCAUUGGCAUCCUCGUGGUGGUCUUCGUGGCGCUGCUGGUGGCCGUGGACGUCACCUGCUACUUCCUGAACAAGUGCGGGCUGCUGAUGUGCAUCGCCGUCAACCUGUGCGGCAAGUCCGGCCCGGGGGCCAAGGGCAAGGACAUGGAGGAGGGCAAGGCAGCCUUCUCGAAGGACGAGUCCAAGGAGCCCAUCGUGGAGGUGCGGACGGAGGAGGAGAGGACCCCCAACCACGAUGGGGGGAAGCACACGGAGCCCAACGAGACCACCCCGCUGACAGAGCCAGAGCACCCCGCCGACACCGCGGCCACCGUGGAGGACAUGCUGCCUUCUGUCACCACGGGCACCACUAACUCUGACACUAUCACUGAAACCUUUGCCACUGCCCAGAACAGCCCCACCAGCGAGACCACCACGCUGACCUCCAGCAUUGCCCCGCCGGCCGCGGCCGCUCCCGACGCCAGCGCCGCCGGCUCCGGCCAGGCCACCCCGGCCAAAGGCACGGCCGCCGCCUCGGCGGCGUCGCCACCACCCUCCUCCACCCCCAGAGUGGCCCCUCUUGUUGAUCUCAGCGACACCCCCAGCUCUGCUCCGGCCACCAGUAAUUUAUCGUCCAGCGUCCUGCCGGGGCAGGCCGUGCUCAGCCCUGUGGCCGACGCCGCCACCGCCGGGAGCAAGGCGGCCGCCCCCAGCCCUGCCGGCCUGACGAGCCCUGCGGCUCCCUCAGAGCCCAAGCAGGAGGUGGCCAAGAGCCCCGAGAAGGAGCCCGUGCAGCCCAGCACGGCGAAGAGCCCAGCAGAGACCCCCAAGAACCCGAGCAACGCCAAGAGCGAGGCUGCCUCGGGCAGCGCCGCCAACCCCUCGCAGAACGAGGACUUUAAAAUGGACGAAGGGACCUUCAAGCCACCAGACAUUGACCUUGCCAAGGAUGUUUUUGCAGCUCUUGGCACUGCUACUCCUCCUGCUGCCAGCGGGGCUGGUGGGCAAGCCCCCGAGCCGGCUGCAGACAGCUCUGCCCCUGCAAAGACCGAGAAAAUGCCAGCAGAGGACAAAGGCGCCGUGCAGGACAGCAAGAGCCCCCCGGCAGAGGUGAAGACGGUGCCCAACGAAGCCACACAAACAAACGAGAGCGAGAGCAAAGCAUGAUCAGCACCGGCAGAGGGGACGGCAGAAACCUUCACCCGAGCAUUGAAAUCACAACCCACACACCCAUCUCAUUCCUCUAGUGUCUGUUGCCUUUUUUUAAAACAAAAACAAACAAACAAACCAGAAAAAAAUGCAUAAAUGGGGGGAGGGAGGGAAUGUCUCUGUUUUCCUUUUCUAUUUUUUUUUUUCUUUUUGGUUUUGGCUUUUUUUUUUUUUUUUUUUUUUUUUUUUUUUUUUUUUUUUUUUUUGAGAUUUCUAGGAAGGUUCUAUUAGUUGUGCACUUGCUUUUAAAAAGUAAAACGUUAAAAACAGGGUUAAACCCAUCACCAGAUCAGGGCUCAGCUGGCCCUGUGUAUAUCCAAACAAGCAAACACUGCAAUGCUUGGUUGCAGUGUGGUUGGGAAGCUCAAAAUAAGCAGUCCUAGACAAAAAAAAAAUCACAAAAAAGACAAAAAAAAAGAAAAGAGACCCUGUUGUUUCCUUUGUUAGUAUAGCAGAGAUAACCACUGUGCUGCUGGGCACAGCUGGUGCUUAAAGAACAAAGUCCACAAUUUAUUUUUAUACUUUUCAGUCGAGUUUGAAAUAUGUAAAGCCUCAUAAAUAAGUUAUCAUUUCUGUUCACCUUGUAUCUGGUCAGUAUGCAAAGUGUCUCGAGCUCUUUGUGACUGAAUCCUGCUCGCCACGUUAGACCUUUAUUUGGGGUUUAUUAUUAUUAUUAUUAUUAUUAUCUAUUUUUUAGGAAGAAUGCCAAAAUUGCAGCUUUGGGGGAUGUAUUUCAAUUUGCAGUAUUCAGACUCUACAUUUCUUUUCCAAUUUUACGCUCAAAUUUUUCUGUUGUUUUUUUGUUUUGGCCAACUUUGGUUCUUUCCAGUGUUUACAAUUGACAGAUAUUUUUUUAACUUUUGUUGUGUUGAAAUGGAUGUGUAAAAUAGCUGCCUUUUUCUUUUCUUUUUUCUUUUUCUUUUUCUUUUUUUUUUUUUGGGUUUUUCAGUCAAUCCAGUCCUGUAGACACUAGGGUAGCAGCAUGCUUGCUUUGCAAAGGGAGACAUUUUCAACCAUGGAUGUUUACAGUA